CUUUGCUCACAAUUUUGCCCAUCAACCCCGCCCCCCAAAACCCCAUUAGUGCUCAGCUCAGGGCUCAGCCAGAGGGUCCCUGGCUCAGUCUUGGCCUUCUCCUCAGGUGCUGCAUACAAGCUGAUCUGCUACUACACCAGCUGGUCCCAGUACCAGGAGGGUGAUGGGAGCUGCUUCCCAGAUGCCAUCGACCACUUCCUCUGUACCCACAUCAUCUACAGCUUUGCCAACAUAAGCAACAAUGAGAUCGACACCUGGGAAUGGAAUGAUGUGACGCUCUAUGACACACUGAACACACUCAAGAACAGGAAUCCCAACCUGAAGACCCUUCUAUCUGUUGGAGGAUGGAACUUUGGUUCUCAAAGAUUUUCCAAAAUAGCCUCCAACACCUGGAGUCGCAGAACUUUCAUCAAGUCGGUGCCACCAUUUCUGCGGACCCAUGGCUUUGAUGGACUGGACCUAACCUGGCUCUACCCUGGGCGGAGAGACAAGCAGCAUCUCACCACUCUGGUCAAGGAAAUGAAGGCUGAGUUUGCAAGAGAAGCCCAGGCAGGAGCAGAGCAACUCCUGCUAAGCGCAGCAGUGUCUGCUGGGAAGAUUGCCAUUGACAGAGGCUAUGACAUCGCCCAGAUAUCCCGACACCUGGACUUCAUCAGCCUUUUGACCUAUGACUUUCGUGGAGCGUGGCGCCAGACCAUAGCACAUCACAGCCCCCUAUUCCGAGGCCAGGAAGAUACAAGUUCUGACAGAUUCAGCAAUGCUGACUAUGCUGUGAGCUAUGUGUUGAGGCUGGGGGCCCAGGCCAAUAAGCUGGUGAUGGGUAUCCCCACUUUUGGGAGGAGCUUCACCCUGGCCUCUUCCAAGACAGAUGUGGGAACCCCGACCUCAGGGCCAGGAAUACCAGGCUGGUUCACCAAGGAGAAAGGGACCCUCGCCUACUAUGAGAUCUGUGACUUCCUCCGCGGAGCCACGGUCCAUAGACUCCUUGGUCAGCAGGUGCCCUAUGCCACUAAGGGCAACCAGUGGGUGGGGUAUGACGAUCAGGAGAGCGUCAAAAACAAAGUGCAGUACCUGAGGAACAGGCAGCUGGCCAGCACCAUGGUGUGGGCCCUGGACUUGGAUGACUUUCAGGGCACCUUCUGCAGACAGAAUCUGCACUUCCCUCUCACCAGUACCAUCAAGGAUGUGCUUGCUGAGGUGUAG